CCAUUGAUCCAUACAGUUUGUUUUUUUUUUUAAUACCUUCAAUGGGGAUCUCAAAACAUUAUCUUCUUCAACUUCAACUCUGCAACUUCCCGAACUCCCAUGGCGUUUGAGAAAUCGCUUUCUCUCUAUUUGCUUUCUUUAGCUAUACAAGCUCACCUGACAUUAUUGCCAUUUGAAGCUUUACUCCAUUUUUGAAGCUUCAAUUUUCAGUACCCAUUCUGUAUCUAAUCCUCUGCUCCUUUUGCUCUGUUUCUUCACUAUGGGGAAAGAAAAUGGAUCUCAAAUUAGGGUUUAGAUCUAAGCAGAAGAUCGGAACCUGUGCAGAUUUUGCAGACGUUUUCUAGAUUAGAAGCGCAGUUAGCUAAGAAAAGAGACCGAUAAUGAAGCCUGUUGAGGAUAAAAUCUGCUACAAUCACGAGCCAAUUCGGGAGUUCUCGGGCAGCGCAAUAAGCUUCGAGUUUCAGAAAGGAAAUGGAGGCAAACGAGCUUCACAUCACCGUACAGCGUUAGGAAAACCAACGCCAUCGAAAUGGGACGACGCCCAAAAAUGGCUUGUUGGAUUAUCAAAAGGGGGAGAAAAGAAUCCAGUGAAAACCACGCCGAGAAACUCGAACGCAGACGAUUUGAGGCUUAUAGCUCCGGUGCCACAGAAGGAGCAGGACUAUUCGAGCAACGAUGAAGAAGAAGAACAACAGCAACGCGGAUGCUCCGUUUCUGCAAUGGCGAAUCCAUACGAAGAAGAAACAAAAAAGGUCGAUUAUGAGGAUUCAAUUUGGCGAAUAAAUAAACAGAUUGCGAAUCCAGCGCCGCCGGGCUUAAGGUCCAUAUGCGUGAGGGAUAUGGGAACAGAGAUGACUCCGAUUGCGAGCCAAGAACCUUCGAGAACAGCGACGCCGAUUCGAGCCACGACACCGGCAGUGCGUAGCCCUAUAUCGUCCGGAUCGUCAACUCCAGCGAGUUACGAUCGAGUGAAGCAAGCUACUGAAAUCUCUCAAUCGAGGAUUCAAUCCAGUGAUGGCAGAGAGGAAUCGAACGCAAAUCAAAGUCGAGAAGAAUCGAAUGCCGGAAAAUUAGUUGAGCAUAAUCGGGAUUCUGAUGAAGCGAAGAAGAUGAACUCGCUAGAAACUCGAGCAAUGGCUUGGGACGAAGCGGAACGAGCCAAAUACAUGGCCAGAUUUAAGCGCGAAGAAGUGAAGAUACAAGCGUGGGAAAACCACGAGAAGCGAAAAGCAGAGACGGAGAUGAGAAAAAUGGAGGUGAAAGCGGAGAGAAUGAAGAGUCGAGCGGAGGAGAAGCUGAGGAAUAAGCUUGCGGCCACGAGAAGAAUGGCGGAGGAGAAGCGAGCAAAUGCAGAGGCCAAACUGAACGAAAAGGCCGUAAAGACUUCGGAGAAAGCUGAUUAUGUGAGGCGCACUGGUCAUUUGCCUUCCUCCUUUUCCUUCAAGCUACCUUCUCUCUGUUGGUAGCAGCACUCACCAUUGAGUAGUCGCCGGCUGCUGUAUCUAGCUCUAGCCCUCGCCCUCGCCCCACCUAGCCCUGCUUAUUAAAGCCGACCAAACCAAACUAAUAAGAACCGAACCGAGCCAAACCGAUUAGGGUACGUAUUAUUGGUUCGAUAAAAAAAAA